GCCUGUGUUCAACCUUGACCUCACCGCCUACAAGUCCAGACUCGGGUACACAUUACCCGGCAGCCACUUUACCAGCGUAUUGAAGCAAGAUGGCAGCUGUUGUUGAGAAUGUUGUCAAACUGUAAGUGCCGGACUUCUGUCAACACGUUUCACCUGCGCAGGUGACACGCUGAAUUGUGUCCAUACGGCGGUUCGGCCACAUUGUAAGCUAGUUAGCUUAGCAACCUGUUUGACUGACUCGGUUCGGGUAGGCGGCAGAGUUGGAGCGCCGUGUCUGUUCACAUCCUGGAAUGGAAGUUUUGGGAGAGCAGUACUACAGAGACGCCCUGGAGCAGUGUCACAACUACAAUGCCCGGCUGUGCGCGGAGAGGAGCGUCCGCAUGCCGUUCCUGGACUCUCAGACCGGCGUGGCUCAGAGCAACUGCUACAUCUGGAUGGAGAAGAGGCAUAGAGGACCAGGCGUGGCACCAGGACAACUCUACACGUAUCCAGCCAGGAGGUGGAGGAAGAAACGCAGAUCUCAUCAUCCUCCGGAGGAUCCUCGGCUGAUCUUCCCUCCUGUAAAGUCAGAGCUGGAUUUAGGGCUGAAGAAGGACGCUUUGCUGUCGUCAGACGGCAGCAGCCUGGAGGCGCUGCUAAAGGGGGAUUCCCUGGAAAAACGAACUGCUGCAGAUCUCCGCGGAUCGGAGGAGGAUUCAAACCAGAGCGAUUACACGGGCAGCCUGAACCCGGCGUCUCGCAUUAGAAAGAGAAUCCUCGAGCCAGACGACUUCCUGGAUGACCUGGAUGAUGAAGACUAUGAAGAAGACACGCCUAAGAGAAGGGGCAAAGGGAAAGGAAAGGGCCGCGGGGUCGGAAGCAGCCGGAAGAAGCUGGACACGGCGGCGCUGGAGGACCGGGACAAGCCGUACGCCUGCGACAACACUCUCAAACAGAAGCACAUUUCCAAACCUUCUGAAAGAGUGUGUGGGAAGCGUUACAAGAACCGUCCAGGCCUCAGCUACCAUUACGCUCACUCCCACCUGGCCGAGGAGGAAGGCGAGGAGAAGGACGACCUGGACAUGAGCGAACCCGCCCUGCCGCCGCCCAAUGAGCCAAAGACUCCCAAGAAAGGUCCGGACGGUCUGGCGCUGCCCAAUAACUACUGCGAUUUCUGUCUGGGAGACUCCAAAACCAAUCACAAGACGGGACAGUCAGAGGAGCUGGUGUCCUGCUCCGACUGUGGACGCUCAGGCCACCCGUCCUGCCUGCAGUUUACUCCGGUGAUGAUGGCCGCCGUGAAGACGUAUCGCUGGCAGUGUAUAGAGUGCAAAUGCUGCAACAUGUGCGGCACUUCAGAGAAUGACGAUCAGCUCCUGUUCUGUGACGACUGCGACAGAGGCUAUCACAUGUACUGUCUGAACCCCCCCAUGUCCGAGCCUCCAGAGGGAAGUUGGAGCUGUCAUCUGUGUCUGGCCCUCUUGAAAGACAAAGCAUCCAUAUACCAGAACCAGAACAUGCCCACAUCAUGAUGGUCCCCCAGCCUGCCCUCAGUCAUCACCCCUCCCUGCCCCCGGGUCCUGUAGCGGUGUGGGUUCACUCUGAAGAUGCGCUUCCUCUGACCUAGCCUGCUCUGGCUCUGAUGAAUAGUAAGAAGGGAAGCAUCUCAUCAGGUCAGCGUUGAUAAUGACUGUUACACAGUUCCAGGCUAAUAAAUGCUCUUUCACCUGCUUGCCACACAGCUAACCCAACUCACUCAGAGACAGACAGCUUCUAAACAGCCAAAUAUCCCAGUCCUCUUCAGCUUUUCUACACAAAGUUCCUUAAGUCCUGAAUGGGGCAGAGCUCUAACAUGAAAUGACAUUUUUUUAAUAUUUAUAUAUUUCUACGGUUAAAUAAUGUUAAAGUAUGUAGACUUGAAGAAAAAAAAAGAUGAUAAUAGGAGUUUUUCUUAUCAGUGCCCUCUCUUCAUCAAACCUCCUGCUGCUCUGCUGAUCAUAUCCUCUGAGAUGGAGAUCUGAGACUGUUAGUGUUUUCCAGCUCAUCCUCUGCUGCUGCACUUUGACAAAAAAAGUAAAAAAAAAUACUCACCUUGUUUGUCAGUGAAGCCAAAGGCUUAAAAUUAAUUAUUGUGGGUUUUUUUUUUUUAAUGAGCUUCAUUUGACUUUUCCUGGUAAAGUCCGACUGCAGUUCCCUUUGCCUCGCCCUGACACAUGCAGCAUCACAAGCAUGUUGUGUGGAUGUACAGAGAUCAGAUUGGGAUGGCAGUGACACCAGACGGGAAUUAUCGCUGUGUUCUAACAGUUUACUGAUUCUGGACCCUACUUGGUAAGUGGAGGUUUGAUGUCUCAUAAAGUCCCAGGAGAGAUUGGAGAAAAUAUGAGUAAAAGUUUUAUACAACACCAAUUAUUUUGGUUGAAAGUGGCUCAACUGAUAAACAUAAACUGAUGUUGCCACUGCUUUCUAAAGUUUUUAAACAUUUUCUCCUGCGCGACUAAAAACUGAACAGAGAAACCAUUUGUGAUGGGUUUUAAUGGGGGGUGUGAGGACAGAUAAAACUCAGAGCUGCAGAAGUGCAUUCUGGGAACUGUAGGUUUAAGCAGGUCAAAAUGGGGGAGUGGUGUAAUAUAAAUUAACCAUUCUUAAUAUGUUCUUUCAGUAACCAUCUCAAAAUGACUAAAGCAUUACCUGGUUUAUUUCACAUCAAUAUAAAACUACUAGAUAUUUAUCCGUUUUGUAUUCCUGUAAUGUUUGCAUACCUGACACGAGGGCGUUUUGGUUCUGCUGAGCCUUUGAUUCAGAUCCAGGAAAGUAGAAAUCAUUUGAGUCGGGAUUCACAUAGAAGAAAACUCCAAACGUAGUUCAUAAAAUCCCAGCUCAAGGGUUAAUUAAUGUUUUUUUUAACAUCAGACUAUCACUUUUUUUGUUUCUGGUUUUGGGAGAAGUUUAGUUUACUUAGUGGGUGAUUUCUCUUUGGUUGGAAUCUUGUUUGAGAUGUGAUGGAAUGUUUCAUUGUUUGGAAAAAAAUGUCUUCAGGAAAAUAAAAUAUUUGACUCUUAUCAUCA